CUCGCAGAGAUGGAAGGUCCUGAUCAGAGCAAUCCUUGCGCCAUAUGCCUCGGUCGCAUGGGCGUUGGCGGUGGGCAGGCCAUCUUCACGGCCGAGUGCUCCCACACGUUCCACUUCCACUGCAUCUCCGCGAGCGUCGCGCACGGCAACCUCGUCUGCCCGCUCUGCAACGCGCAGUGGCGCGAGCUGCCGUUCGUGCGCCCGACACAGCGGCGGCAGCCCAUGCACGUCGUGCAGCGACCGCAGCCGAGGCAGCAGCCGGUGCGACAUGCCAUGCAGCAACCAGUCCAGCCAACGGAGCCAGAAGUGUUCGACGACGACGAGCUGGUGGAGCCACCCCCUGGCCACGAUGGCCAGCGACAAGAAGCUGCUGCAUCCAGUGGAACAUUGAUCGUCAAGACGUACAUUGAGUACUCGGCUAUUACCAGAGACUCGUCUCACGACAACUUCGCCGUUCUCAUGCACGUCAGGGCUCCCGGGAUAACCGACGGCAAAGCGGCAGGCGGCGACGCACGACGCGCGCCUCUCGACCUCGUGACAGUUCUCGAUGUCAGCGGUAGCAUGAGCGGUGAAAAGCUUGCGCUGCUGAAGCAGGCCAUGGGGUUCGUCAUCGACAACCUCGGUCCCCACGACCGCCUCAGCGUCGUGUCCUUCUCGUCCGGGGCGCAACGCGUAACCAGGCUCCAGCGCAUGACAGACACCUCGAAGGGUCUCGCCAUGAGCGCCGUGGGGUCUCUCACCGCGGACGGCGGCACCAACAUCGCGGCGGGGCUCCGGACGGCUGCGAAGGUGCUCGACGAGCGCCGGUACCGGAACACCGUCUCCAGCGUCAUACUUCUCUCUGACGGCCAGGACAACUACAUCAUCACCAUGGGCAGCGGACGUAACUACGAGGCGCUCGUGCCGCCAUCCUUCACGCGUGCUGGCACCGGCGAUUUCUCUACGCCGAUCCACACGUUUGGCUUCGGCAACGACCACGACGCGGCGGCGAUGCACGUCAUAGCCGAGGCGACGGGGGGCACGUUCUCGUUUAUAGAGAACGAGGCGGUUAUCCAGGAUGCCUUUGCGCAAUGCAUCGGCGGGCUGCUCUCCGUCGUCGUUCAGGAGGCACGCAUUCGUAUCGCUUCCGGGCAUCCUGGAGUUCGCAUCAGCUCCGUAAAGUCCGGCUGUUACGAGAGCCGCGUCGACGAGGAUGGCCGCUUUGCUUCGGUCGGCGUGGGCGAGCUCUACACGGACGAGGAGAGGCGCUUCUUGUUGUUCUUGUCUGUUCCAAAAGCGGAAGCAACGGACGGCGAGACUAAUCUAAUCAAAGUGACAUGUAGUUACCGAAACGCGGCAGGUGGCGCGGACGUCAACGUGACGGCCGAGGACACGGUGGUGAUGAUACUGGAACACGUGGUGGACGCGGGACGGUCUAUGGAGGUGGAGCGGGAGCGCGUCCGGGUGGAGGCGACCGAGGACAUCGCGGCGGCGAGGGCAGCGGCAGAGCGGGGCGGGCACCAGGAGGCGGUGGAGAUACUCGAGAACAGGCAGCGAGCGGUGGCGCAGUCAGAAGCGGCACGAGGCGGCGACCCCAUGAGCUUGUCGCUGGAGACCGAGCUGCAGGAGAUGCGCAGCCGCGUGGCGAACCGGGAGAGCUACGCGCGGUCGGGGCGCGCAUUCAUGCUCGCUGGCAUUAGCACGCACGCGCGGCAACGCGCGAACUCUAGGAACCUGCAGGUCCGGCGGCAGUUUUUAGCGGACUCGGUGGCAUUUAUCGAUGGACCGAUAGGCAGCGCAAGUGCGUCGAACACGGCAGCGCCCGACGGGAUGUCGGACGAGGCGGAGGCAACCUCGUACGUGACACCGGCCAUGCGCGCCAUGCUGUUGCGGUCGCGGAGGGCGCGCGGGGCGUCGGCCGACCAGCAGCAGCCCAAGGCUGGGAAAGGAGCGUGAAGCUCUGAACCUAAGGAAGCACACCAGUAGAAAUCAUCAAUCUAUUUGUAGACAUGUGUGACAGUGUGAGGUACUAUACCAUGGGAGUUUGGACUUCAGCUUGUUUAUGUUAUAAAUAAAGUAACUUUGGCAGCUUCUCAAAUGUUUGAUCUUAGUAAAGAGGUAUUGACGAUCAAAGUUCAAAUACUUUGACUGCACAAACACAAAAUGGCAUUUGCCCCAACUUCCAUCUCCAAUUGUUUGUU